GUAGCUAAACCUCAACAAAAAGUAGCAUCUGGACUGAAAGAGACCUAAUAGUGAUAUCUUCAUGUGUGUUCUGCCCUAUGCAAUUAGAAAUGAAAACAAGUUUAAAAUAAUGAUUAAUGACAACUCAAAAAUAAGACAAUGUGUGUGUGUUGUAGGUGUUGCUAUGGUGAUGUUGAUCAGAAUGGCUCCUCUUCCUCUGAUCUUCCUGUUUGCUGUUCACAGUGAGUCACUGCAACAGUUCAAAGAGAGAAUGUGUGCUGCAUUUAAUGCACAAUUCAUCACUAUGAACUCUGUGUUUUCAGUGGUUUCUAGUGCUGAUUGGGCUGUGAAUUACAACCCCUUACACAUCUGUGCACUAAAAGACUCAUCAGUGAUAAUGAGCUGCACUUAUAAAUACCCUACUGGACAUCAGAUCAGGAAAGUGUUCUGGAACAAAAACCUUGCAAAACAUCGAGAAGAGCUUGCAGAUCUGUCUGUGGACCCUGAAUACAGUCAGAGGCUUCAGUAUCUGGGAGAUAAACGGCAGAACUGCACCGUCAGACUGAGUCAUGUGACAAAGAAAGAUGAACACAAGUAUUAUUUCAGAUUCACUACUGAUAAAACAAGAGGAAAAGGGACUGGUAAUACAGGAGUGCGUCUCUCUGUCACAGAUCUUCAGCUGGAGUCUCCUGAGAGAGUGACAGAGGGAGAUUCAGUCCGUCUGACAUGUAGAAGCAGCUGUAAUCUGACUGACACACCAACAUUCAUCUGGUACAGAAACUCAGAGAGAUUGACUGAAGGAACUAUUGGAGACAAACUCAUCCUCAAUCCAGUCAGAAGAGAAGAUUUAGGCAGAUAUAGAUGUGCUGUAGAUGGACUCACAUCACCUGAGGUCUAUCUCAAUGUCACCUAUCCUCCAAAGAGCGUUUCAGUGUCCAUCAGUGGAUCUGCUGUAAUAAUGUCUGGAGAUUCAGUGACUCUGAGCUGCAGCAGCGACUCAAACCCUCCUGCACAAAUCUUCUGGUAUAAAGGAAUAGAAUAUGUUGAAUAUGGAAGAAUCUUCAACAUCUCCAGGAUCAGCUCUGAUGACAGUGGAGAAUACAAGUGUAGAGCCUACAGUGAAAGUGGAGAUAAAUACUCUGAUCCUGUGACUUUAAAUGUCCAGUGUGAGUUUAUGAUCAUUUCUACAGUUCAUUGUUUUAAAAAAGCCUAA